GCUGCCUGCUCUGCCCUGCUGCACGAGAGGGGCUGGGAGCCUCCCACACACGCCCGAUCACUAGGCAGCUGCGGGGACCAGAACUGGCAGGUUAAGCCCCUGGGUGGUCCAGCCCUCUGCUCCUACGCAGGACCCUCUGCCUGAUAGCAGACUGAGAAAGAGAGUCUGAUGCACUUCUGUGUCCCAGCGUGCUCUAGAAGAAGCUGCCUGGAGGAACCUGCAGCUCCAGGGCUAACUCAGAAAGGGGAUUCUUGAUGCACUAUAGCAAUCUGGGAAGGCUUUCUGGAGGAGGCAGACCUAUGACACACAUGCUGUGCUCAUGACAACCAUUGGUUGGAGUUGGGGGGGUCCAACCUGGUGUAAGGCCAAGGCCACAGUCUGACAGAUCCCAUAGCCCAAAUCCAGCUACCAACAGGCAUCACUUGGACCCUACUGGGCUCUGAAAAGAUGUGGUUUUAAAGUCAAUGUGGAUAAACAUGCAAAUUUCACAUAAAAAUCUGUGGUUCAGCUUCUCUUGAGAAAUUGGAAGCUCUGGCUCUACGAGAUCCCUCCAAGACAAGCAAUUGUCCCAUUGCAUCCAUAACCUUCUGUCUUCAACCCUGCCCUCUCUCCUGCAGCCCUCUGCCUGGCCCAGGCAGCAUCUGAUUUGAAGGACUGGGUACAGGGCAAGUUAGGGAGCCAUGCUGCAGUGCUGGUUCGGAGCUGGGUAGUGACUUUGUUCUUGCAGCUGCCAAUGGUUGCCAGGGCAACGGUUGCCAGGGGCUGCUGUCACCUGCGCCCUUUCUCCUGCGCUGGCGCUGGUGGCUGAGGCUACUCAGCUUAUCUUCCCUGGCUGCCCCCUUUGUUUGAAGCUCCGUUGAGGGGGUGGUGUCUAGGGAGGCCCAGCUUCAAAGUCCCCUCUAGCUUCUUGAAGUCAGGGGAAACCAACCCACCACCCCAGCAGGCUGCUGCCCGCAAACAAGGAGAGCCUUUUGCUCGCCCGUUCACGCUUUUUUUAUGUCUGUAGUCUACUUUAUGGCAACAAGAAGGAGUCCAGGUGGUGAUUUCUUAGUCUGACUUGGUGGGACGAAUAUGGCUACCCAAGUGCUGCUGCAGACAGUGCUGUUCCUGCUGACUCCACUCUUCCUGGUCCAAGGUGCCCAUGGUGGGGGCCCCCGGGAAGACUUCCGCUUCUGUGGCCAACGGAACCAGACUCAGAAGAGCAGCCUCCAUUAUCAACAGACGCCACAACGGCACAUCUCCAUCAACAACUCCGAGGGGGACCUCACAGUCCAGGCCCCCUUCCCUGCAGCCCCAAAUGCUUCCCAAUUGUUCCCUGAACCCAGGGGCCUCUACCACUUCUGCCUCUACUGGAACCGACAUGCUGGGAAAUUGCAUCUUCGUUAUGGCAAGCAUGACUUCUUGCUGAGUGGCCAAGCCUCAGACCUGCUCUGCUUCAGGCAUGAGGAGAGCCUGGCCCAGGGCCCCCCACUGCUUGCCACCUCUGUCAGCUCCUGGUGGAGGCCUCAGAACACCAGCCUGCCCAGUGCUUCCAGCUUCACCUUCUCCUUCCACCACCCUCCCCAUAAGGCCUCUCACAACACCUCCACCGACAUGUGUGAGCUGAAGAAGGACCUCCAGCUGCUCAGCCAGCUCCUGAAGCACCCCAGGAAGACCUCAAGGAAGCCCCCGGUCACCUCCGCCAGCCAGCAGCUGCACAGCCUGGAGUCAAAGCUGACCUCUGUGAGAUUCCCGGGGGACAUGGUGUCCUUCGAGGAGGAUCGGAUCAAUGCCACAGUAUGGAAGCUCCAGCCCACAGCUAGCCUUCAGGAUCUGCACAUCCACUCCCACCAAGAGGAGGCGCAGAGCGAGGUCCUGGAGUACUCGGUGCUGCUGCCCCGAACGCUCUUCCAGAGGACAAAAGGCCGCAGAGAAGAGGCGGAGAAACGACUCCUCCUGGUAGACUUUAGCAGCCAAGCCCUGUUCCAGGACAAGAAUUCUAGCCAAGUCUUGGGUGAAAAAGUCUUGGGUAUUGUCGUGCAGAACACCAAAGUAGCCAACCUCUCAGAACCUGUGGUGCUCACCUUCCAGCACCAGCCACAGCCGAAGAAUGUGAGUCUACAAUGUGUAUUCUGGGUUGAAGACCCGACAUUGAGCAGCCCGGGGAGUUGGAGCAGUGCUGGGUGUGAGACCAUCAGGAGAGAAACCCAGACGUCCUGCUUCUGCAACCACCUGACCUACUUUGCAGUGCUGAUGGUCUCCUCUGUGGAGGUGGACGCUGUACACAAGCACUACCUGAGUGUCCUCUCCUAUGUGGGCUGUGUCAUCUCUGCCCUGGCCUGCGUCCUCACCAUCGCUGCCUACCUCUGCUCCAGUGUGCCCCUGCCAUGCAGGAGAAAGCCUCGGGACUACACCAUCAAGGUGCACAUGAACCUGCUGCUGGCCGUCUUCCUGCUGGACGUGAGCUUCCUACUCAGCGAGCCAGUGGCGCUGAUGGGCUCCAGGGCUGCCUGCCACACCAGUGCCAUCCUCCUGCACUUCUCCCUGCUCGCCUGCCUCUCCUGGAUGGGCCUCGAGGGCUACAACCUCUACCGCCUUGUGGUCGAGGUCUUUGGCACCUACGUCCCUGGCUACCUGCUCAAGCUGAGCGUUGUGGGCUGGGGCUUCCCCGUCUUCCUGGUGACACUGGUGGCACUGGUGGACAUAGACAACUACGGCCCCAUCAUUCUGGCUGUGCGCAAGACUCCUGAGAGUGUCAUCUACCCUUCCAUGUGCUGGAUCCGGGACUCCUUGGUCAGCUACAUCACCAACCUGGGCCUCUUCAGCUUGGUGUUUCUGUUCAACAUGGCCAUGCUGGGCACAAUGGUGGUGCAGAUUCUGCGGCUGCGCCCACAUACCCAAAAGUGGUCUCAUGUGCUGACGCUUCUGGGCCUCAGUCUGGUCCUUGGUCUGCCCUGGGCCUUAGUCUUCUUCUCUUUUGCUUCUGGCACUUUCCAGCUUGUUGUCCUCUACCUCUUCAGCAUCAUCACCUCCUUCCAAGGCUUCCUCAUCUUCCUCUGGUACUGGUUCAUGCGGCUGCAGGCCCGGGGCGGCCCCUCCCCUCUGAAGAGUAGCUCAGACAGUGCCAGGCUUCCCAUCAGCUCAGCCAGCACCUCAUCCAGCCGCAUCUAGGCACCAGCCCACCUGCCCGGCUUGAGGAAGCAGACACGGCCUCGGCUCACUCUGCCUGCACUUCCCGCAGCCGGACCCUGCCCUUGGCAGUCCGAGACUCGAGAAAGCCCAAGUACCUUGCAGGAAUGGAGCUGUCAUGAUGGCGGCUGGACUCCCAGGCUGGGCCUUAUGAAUUGGACUUGGAGGCUGCUCAGCUCUCAAGUGUAGCUCCCAAGGGACUCAGGAGUGUGCCACCAUGCUGACUGUGAGACUGUCCCACAGUUGUCCUAACCUGGGUCUUUCCUCACUACCCUGGGCCCAGCCCUCAUUGCUGGGGGUCAGGCCUCAGGUCUUGGAGGUCUGUCACAUCUUUAGCCUUGUGCCCCUGCCCAGAACAGAUAUGUGGCUAUAGCUGCUCUGUCCCUGGGCCCUGCAGACACUGUAGUUCCUGUCAUUUUCACUUGAAGGUGGUGCCUAGGGCACAUGGGACUUGCAGCAGAGCUUGGGGGUCAGAGCCCGGAGGAGGAUAGGCCCUCUCCCUGGGGCAAGAGCUGUGGGCUUGCCUCUGAGCCCAGGGCCCUCUCUAUCAAUCAGCCCCCCAGACUUCUCUCCUCCUCUCCUGGGGCCUUCCCUGUCCUUCACCCCCAGCCUGGGGCCACCAAUUCCAAUGCUGUCUUUCGGGUAGUGGUUCCCAAGAGCUUUCUGGUGCCUGCCGUAAACUGUCAUCUACUGCCCAGGCCUUGACCUGCCCUGACUCAGGCUUACUACAGACGCGUGUGCUAGGCAGGGUCCACCUUUCCAUCUGGGCUCUCUCUGAGCUGCGUCACCCUUGCUCACCAUAGCCAAGCACACACCUCAGAGGGGCUGUCAGCCUCUCCCAAAGCCAUCUUCUGGCAAGAACUGUGGACCGUGGUGGUCUCAGUUUGUUUCUAUCCCAGCACUCCACAGUCUGAGACCUACCUCUUCUGGUGACACUGGCUUAGAGCCUGAUGCUCUCUCCUAAGGGUCCUCUCUGAAUCCCUGCAAAUGGCUAUAGACACAAAUGGCUGCCUAUCAUGAUUAAUUCUGUCCAAAAAGCAGGCAAUAGAUAAUCACCAAUCUAUGCUAGGUGAUAGGCAAACAAUGGCCAGAACUGGUCACUCCUGCUAUGAACCCUCAGUCUAGUGUGUGGGUACCCAUGAGGCAAGAGCUCCUGGAGCUCCAGGCACAGGAUCAGAGAGCCGUCAUUCCUGUCUGGGAAUCCAGGAAGACUUCCUGUAGGAGGUAGCAUUUGAUCUUGAUCUCAGCCUUAAAGAUGUAGAAGGAUGUUCUUUUUGUUCUUAGCUAGAGCCUUGCUCUGUUGCCCUGGGUAGAGAGCAGUGGUGUCAUCAUAGCUCACUACAGCCUCAAGUUCCAAGGCUCAAGUGAUCCUCCUGCCUCAGCCUCCCAAGUAGCUGGGACUAUGGGACUAUAGUCGCAUGCCACAACACCUAGCUAAAUUUUCUAUUUUCUAUUAUGGUGUCUUGUUCUUGCUCAGGCUAGUCUCAAACUCCUGAGCUCAAGUGAUCUUUCCACAAUGCUGGGAUUACAGGCGUGAGCCAUAGCGCCUGGCUGAGGAUGUUCUUUUUAAAUACCAAUUCAUUUGUCUUUUGAUGUUAAAUAGAAGUAUAUGUUCAUUGUAGAAAAUUUGGAGACUGUAGAAAAAUAUUAAGAAGAAAAAUAAAAAUCAGCUGCGUUAUCACCUAA